AUGGGUACAUUUUAAACCAGGAGCGUUGGGCUGCCUUGAGGAGCGCGUUUGGGAACCUCUGGUCCUGGUUAGAAUGGGGUGCUGCCAGCGAACAUCCGGACGCCUAGGACUGCCUGGAAAAGGAAUAUCUGGAGAGGAAGAGAGAGACGCGUGUUCCAGAAACAGCCGUGAUAACACCGCCACAGCACUUCAGUGUCUUACUGCACAGCUUCUGAGGACCCAGAGAUGCAUAAAAGACCUACACGGCGAGAGAUGGCUGCUGAGGAGACAAUUAAUCCGCUGGACUGGAGCCGUGCAAGUUCUCCGGGAGUCUCAAGAAGAGAAUCGCUGCAAAUUACAGGCUGAGAUCCGGCUGUUAGCGGAGAGUAAUGAGAGUAUACGGAGAGAGCUGCAGGGGCUGCACCAGCACGCUGCAUACAGUAGGGCACAGACGCCAGCGACCAAUGCAAGAACCGGAUUGAAAUGUGAAGCGAAGGAGCCGCCAGCAAGGGCAAAAGAUGUAAUUAAGUUCUCCAAGUUGAAGCAUGGACUGAGUAUAAAGAAUAAAAAGGUUUUAAACUAUAUGAAUUGGGAUGCCGCUGCUUUUACCCCAAUGGGAGAACAUUGCAGUAGAAGCCAGAGAGACCGCCAUGGCACGUGCUCCACAAUACGGACAGAAAAUGACCAUUUCAAGGCGCAAAACAGACAGACGCUAAAACAUAUGAGACACUUAUGUGAGUCUAUCAAGGCCGCUUCCGGUCACAAAGAUAAACAAAAAACGGGAAGCGUCCAUUGUCCGGGAGAUGAUGGGAUGAGGCCGGAGAAAUGCAGCUGGACAAUGGAAGAUGGGAUAGAGAGUCCUUCAGCACUUCCACCCAUGAGGACGGAAGAAGGGCACCUACAGGAGCUCAUAGACAAACUGAAAGACGCAUUGUCUCUGCAGAUAAAGCCAGGUCAACUCCCUGGUGUCAAACUGGAGUUAUUACAUGCAGCGGGACAAGUUUGCAGUUCUUACUCGGACUUUAUAAGCAAAUUUGUGGAAGCAACACCAAUAUAAUAUGGUAGCUUGUGUUUUAUAUACUGGAUAUGGUACUAAUAGGUGACGUUACAUUAUAUAGAACUGUUUGCAUUCGCACACAGCACAGUGCCGCAGCAGCGUUCCAUGCUGAAUUAGGCCCUAUGUGCGGUCAGAAGUAGUUUAAUGGUAUACAGCAAAAGGGAAAUAGAAUAAUCAGUGGUUGCCACCUGGUCUCACACAAUCAUUCAGCUGACGAGGAAUGUUUUUUUUUUACCAUGGGGGGAAUCCUAUUCCCCGUGAAGGGCGCGAGUUGCGAUUAUAGUAACGUACAGACACUAGUCUGGUAAAUGGUUUGCAGCUGCUCCUCCCGUCCUCUGCCUUGUGGCUGGCACCGACUCUACAGUGAUGUGUAGCCCCACCCCCCUGUUCAAACUCCACCCCCCUCUCACUUUCUGCAGCUCGCAUUCCACUCCAGCACUGCUGCUUUAAGUAACGGCAGGGUGCCUGAGAGUGGGGGGCCCAGGGCACUUGCCCCAUGUGCCCUUUCCUGAAUCUGUUCGUGGGCGUAUCGCUGAACAGGUUGCGUACACAGAUGCUUAAUCACUCACAUUGUAGGCCAUACUACAUCUACCACAGGGCUGAUGGGGAACAACAUGGGAAAACUCACAUUGUUAUUAUAGAUUAAUGGUGGUCAUUCCGAGUUGUUCGCUCGCUGCCGAUUUUUGCAGUGCAGCGAUCAAGUGAAAAAAACUGCAAAAAUGCGCAUGCGCAUGGUACGCAGCGCGCAUGCGCUAAGUACUUUCACACAAAACUUUGUAGAUUUACCGAAGCUCGAGCGACUUUUUUCAUCGCUCGAGUGAUCGUAGUGUGAUUGACAGGAAGUGGGUGUUUCUGGGCGGAGACUGGCCGUUUUCAGGGAGUGUGCUAAAAAACGCAGGCGUGCCAGGUAAAAACGCAGGAGUGGCUGGAGAAACAGGGGAGUGGCUGGCCGGACGCAGGGCGUGUUUGUGACGUCAAACCAGGAAUUAAACGGACUGAGCUGAUCGCAGUCUAGGAGUAGGUCUGGAGCUACUCAGAAACUGCAGGGAAUUAUUUAGUAGCAAUUCUGCUAAUUUUUCGUUCGCAAUUCUGCUAAGCUAAGAUACACUCCCAGAGGGCGGCGGCCUAGCGUGUGCAAUGCUGCUAAAAGCAGCUAGCGAGCGAACAACUCGGAAUGAGGGCCAAUAUCUAGUCUAUAGUUAGGUAUGGUUUUGUUUUUUUGUUUGGCUACUGCAGCCAUUCCACUUCUGUUUUUUGGAAUUACUAAAAGAAAACCAUUUGUCCUGAAUGGAGUUUCUAGUCAUUUCCAAGUUCUGGAGUCUAGAGUUCCCCUGGCUUCUCAGCGGGUUGAUUAUGAAUAGAUAACGUUUCUUCUCACCAAAAAGAAUGCAAUAGAAUAUUAUAUUCUGUGUGCCUGGCACAUCUGUGAUGACCGGUCCCUUUCACGGUCGCCGCAGGCCCGACACCCAAUACUGAUACAGACACAACGGCAUCGCAAAUGGCAGCUGAAGCCAGCAGGGCUACAAAACCUAACAGAGACUGUAUCCACGUGAUAACUCGUCAGUGUAUUACUGUAUGUCCGAUACAGUAUACUAUGUUGUGUGGGGUAACUGAGGCUAAAUGGAUACACACAAACAUAGCUAGGGAGUGUUGCAAGUGUGUCAUGGGUCAGACACACUCACUCAGAUCAUACUCAAAUGGAGAAACUGCACAUACCAUAGGGCCAUGCCUAUUUUUGAAAACUAGAUCCAGGGAGAUUAUAGUAGAAUGUGCCCUUGAGGUGGGCGUAUCUAGCUCCACCCAAAGGGCGUGUCUAGCUCCACAUAUGGGCGUGAACAUUUCUGCCUGCAAUACUGGAUUUCUUGUUUGCAACUACUUGCCAUGAUAUAUCUUUUCUUCUCACUCAAUAUACGAUAAAUGUGAUGUCUAUGUAAUAAAUUCCAAAUGCAAUUU